AUGGCCCGUGAAACGAACUCGGAACUCCAGCAACGCAACGAAAUGCACCUAGUUCGCCAGGCCACAAUGGCCGUUGCGAGCCGCACUUCAAGACGCCAAACCGAACGUGAACGCUUCUCGUCAGGCCAGCGCACUGACCAUGAAGAAGCGGACUCGUUGCACCCCAUCUUUGAUCGGCGUACCUGGAAUGUUGGAAAAGGCCGGAAGUGUACUCAAACUGGCAAAGACAUGCUUUUCAUGCUCCUGGCAACCGUCAAAUCUGGAGGGACGUGGGAGUUCUUGGCAGCCCUCUUUGGUUUUCAGGCGCCAACGUUUGAGAAAAUGAUGACACGGUUCUUGUCCAAGAUUCACCAACACGUCUACGAAUUGUUUGUUGAGGACGAGGUUGCCGUUCGUACAAUGAGCCACUUGGUUGCUACUGGAAAGACAUUUCAAAACUUCCCCGCGGCACUCUUCGCAGUUGACGCAACGUUUCAGCAAAGCAACAGACCGCUUGGCAACCAUAACGAGGCCUUGUUUGCCUUCAGUGGCAAGCACCAUCUAUACGGGAAAAAG